AUGGCAGGAAGUAAAGCUCUACCAGACAGAGUCACAGCUGUCGAAAGGGCAGUCGAACAUGUGGCUUUGCUCGCAAACGCCACGGCAAAGGGGGUGGGCAAGGACAAGGCGCAACGCCAAGUUGUGGCUUUCGUGCAGGGGACUUUCCGGGCCCGAGUUCAAGAAGCGUAUGCGGCCUGGAGGGAGGGGGCUGCGGCAGCCAGGGAAGCGUCAAAGGAGACGGGUCAGGCGGAGGGGGCGUCGGGUGGGUCAACGAGGCCGGUGCCUUGGAAGGCCCAGGUCUUCGAGAUGUUGGUGGAGCAACUCCGUGAACAAGGGGUGUCGCCGGACGUUUUGCAGAACCUGCAAACGACCAACACUCUGGACGCGGUGGAAGCUGUGCAACAGCAGGAGCCACUAGAGGACAUGGCUGUGCCAUGGGUUUUGGUGGUUACCUUCCGUCUCAACUGGAAUGGGCACACCGCUCGAACGUGUCUGUCUUCGGUGCAGGUCAGGCAAGCGGUUGGCAAACGAGAUGGCCGAUAUCCUGAGCUUGGCCUCCGGCCAGGCCGGUUUUUGCCGGGGGGCUACCAGAGGGCUGUCCUGGCUGAUCUGGGGCACACCCCUGACGACAUAUCGGGAUGGUACAAGGGCAAGGGUCCUGGGAAGGGCGUCGGGGAUGGUCGUGGGCGUGGGGUGGAAAGGGGCCACAAACGGGCGUCGCCAUCGCGGCUGUCCGUCUCGGAGGUGUUGACAGUGGUACCGCCCACUGUCUGGGUCACUGCCGGUACCGUCCGGCUGAUGAAUAAGCCCUGCACCGUCGGGGCCGGUGUCGGGUCGUUCGCGGAAGCCGAAUGGCCUGACAACGUCCUCUUCGGGGCAAAGUCCGACCUCCACCUCACCGUGGUGCCCCGGUGCGCAGAUCCGCAGAAAGUGGGUGACUUGUGUGGGGAACUCCAACGUAAAGGUGUCAGUUUGUGCGCGGUGUCUGAGCACAGGAGGGCUGACGAGCUGUGUGAGUAUGGUGGUGGGCGGCUACUGCGUAUCAGGUUAAAGAUAAACGGGCGUUUCCUUUCAGUUAUUUCGUGCUAUGAGCCGACAUUCCAGUGUUCAGAAGAAGAGAAGGAGGCGUUUGCGCAACUUGGAGAAAUGAUGGACAAGGUCGCUCCGCGAGAUGAAUUAAUCUUUAUGGGUGAUUUUAAUGCCAGGGUUGGGAUUGGUGACCCGGACGAGGCCGGAAAUGAUGGAGAUGGGUUACGGGAGAUGGUUGGGAGACACGGACUGGCGGAAGUUAAUGAAAAUGGCACUCGGCUGCUGGACUUUUGUUCGGGGCGGGAUCGGGAUGCACCGGUAGUUGCUAGCACACUUUUCAAACACAACGUCUAUGGCACAUGGAACUUUAACCAACAGCUCCGUGAGUUUGCUGCAGAUGGGCUCUUUGAUGACAAGUAUGAGCUCUUUGGCAAUGGCAUGCGGAAAGCCCGGAUGGAAUUGAAGCUGAAAUUCUUAUGUAUACUCUUGGCAUCCAUUCCGGGGAAGGUCUACGCGCGUAUCCUCAACGCCAGGAUAGAUAAAUAUGCAGAAGAGGCCAAGUCGGGAGGUGGGGUUGUCUGGCAGACUCGCAUUGAUGGGGUGUUGCAUCAUCGUGAAACUUUCGACAAGUAUACCACGUGGCAGGCGGGCGAGCAGGCUCCUAUUGCAGUUGAAGAGUUUGACGGCUUUGAUGACAUAGAGUUUUGUAAGGAAUUUGAGUACCUUGGGGUGACUGUGGACGGGAGCAUCGGUUACCAAAGCAGAUAUUGUUCGGAUCCUUACCGGAGGAAUUGGGGUAUAGGCAGCCUGGACAUCAGGGCGGAUGAAGUUUUUCGGGAUAAGUUCCUGGUAGGAUCGGCCUUUCUCCGUCUUGAGGAGCAGCUUGGAGGCCGGGAGGGGCUGUUGGCAAAAUUUGUCUCCCAAAUUGAGUCACUGUUGGAAACCAACAACUUCUCGUCAUUCGAGGACAUCUGUGCGGAGGCUAGUUCGCAGUGGUCUGAGGGAUUGGAAAUGGAAGCGGACCUGGGGCUGUUCCGGGUGCUGUUUUAUUCUGCCUUGUUGAGGUUGGCAAAGGCAGAGGGGGGUGCUGCGAGCGGUGCGGCGGGGACUGGCAAUGAGGGCGGCAAGCCACCGCCGCUCAAAAUGCAGUUGUUCACAAAGGUGGUGGAACAGUUGGUCCGGCAGGGUGUGGGUGAAACAUCGAAGGAUUGGCGGCACGAGGUGCUCUCGACAGCCAGACAGUUCGUGAUGCUAUUGCCAAACGUGGUGGAACUUGGCUUACGCCCUGGCCGCUACUUACCGGGAGUUCUGCAUCGGGAGGUCCUCUCAAGCUUGGGGCACACUGAAACGGAGAUCCAGGACUACUUUAAGGGAAAGGCGGCAAGGGUGCUGGCGGAAAUACCGUCCGGUUUGUCGAAUGGGAUCGGUACCGUCCAUCCCAGGUUGCCAGGGAGGGCUUGGGCGACCUCCUUGACGCCGACUUCGGCAGUGGCAGACACGGCCGAGUUUUCCCGGGACGAGUGCGGCUACCAGCUGCCGCACACGUCCGUUUCCAGGCUUGCGAUGUCCCUGACAAAGUCGAACCUCCACCUCACAGAAGGAGUGGCAGUUGUCAUGAAUGAGGCGAUGCAGGUGGCGUGGUUGUCCAGCCUCGAGGAUCGGGUCCUUGCGACUGCUGCCCUGGCCAACUCAACAGCGUACAAAGUGGCCUGUCGCUUGUGUUCUUCAUCAGUGGUGAACUUAAAGCUGGCCUUGAGCGAGGAUGGACCACAUGGCAAAGGAACUCGGCCCUCCUGCCCGCCCAGAGGCUGCGAUGCGCUCCCUCAAGAUGGCAAGUCUUGGCCAGCGGUUGUGCUUUUCAGAAACAGUGAAACAGCACAGAACACGCGUGAUGUUUGGCUACAGAACGCGCUUCGCCCGCUGUUCGGAAAGGACAAGGACCUGGGGCUUCGACCUGCACGCUACCUACCGUCAAGGGUGCACAGGCGAGUGCACGACUUCGUCCCCGCAAAAGGAAAGGGUAAAGGGCAGGGCCGCUCGCCGAAGCAGGAGUCGGAGGACAACGGGGUGGGCUCCAGGCUUGCGAUGACCGGGGCAAAGACCGACCUCCACCUCAUCGUGGACAUGCAGUACGCGUGGAGGAGGGCUGACGAGCUUUGUGGGUAUGGUGGUGGGCGGCUACUGCGUAUUCGGUUGAAGAUUAACGGACGGAGAUGGUCGGUAGACACGGACUGGCGGAAGUUAAUGAAAAUGGCACCCGGCUACUGGACUUUUGCUCGGGGAGGGAUCGAGAUGCUCAAUGUGGGCAAGCUCGGGCAAGCUGAAACGUGCAAGAACUUCAACCAACAGCUCCGUGAGUUUGCUGCAGAUGGGCUCUUUGAUGACAAGUAUGAGCUCUUUGGCAACGGCAUGCGAAAAGAUCAUAACUAUCAGUUUGCAGCCUACAGGGAAUUGAGGCAGAUUUUUGUUGGAGGCAUACUCUUGGCAUCCAUUCCGGGGAAGGUCUACGCGCGCGUACGACUCCGUUUCAAGGGCUGGGGUAUGGACCAUCUUGCGGAAAAAAGGACCAUCGGUUACCAAAGCAGAUACUGUUCGGAUCCUUACCGGAGGAGUCGGGAUAUAGGCAGCCUGGACAUCAGGUUGAUCCAACUAAGCCGACGCCGGACAGAAAAGUCGACCGGUCCAAAUUGCGAAUUCCACCUAAAUCAUGGCCAAGUGUUGCGCAACGCUGGGCCAGGGCGGAUGAAGUUUUUCGGGAUAAGUUCCUGGGAGGGUCGGCUUUUCUCCGUCUUGAGGAGCGGGGUGGCCAAUCCCCACAACUUGGCUUGCGCCCUGGUCUUCUUACCAGGAGCUCUACACCGGGAGGUCCUUUCAAGCUUGGGUCACACGGAAACGGAAAUCCAGGAAUACUUUAAGAGAAAGGGCGGCAAGGGCACUGGAGGAAGGGGCAGAGGUGACGGGCCUGGGGCGGCGGGAAAGAGGAUGGCUGGGCAGCGGUUGUCGGUGGCCACGCAGAGGAACACAAACAGCGGAAAGGAUAGGCUACCUGGCUAUUUAACGCGUGAAGUUUAUCAUCUGAUGCAAUAUCUCAUCCCCCUUGAAAUACGUAACUUGGAAGUGUUCGUGCAGUGCGUAAAGGUUGCCAGGGAGGGCAUGGGCGACCUCCGUGGCACCGAGGGCGGCUAUCAGCUGCCGAACACGUCCGUUUCCAGGCUUGCGAUGAUGGCCAUCAUCGGCGUGUUCUUUCCCACUGCACGAUUCUUGGCUCCACGUGCCGCAGUGGGACAUCGUGACUCUGGCUUUCAGUUCUUCUUAGGGAUGGGCCCGGAGACCAGUGCCCUUCGGGCACAAACUCACUACCCUGUUGUGGAGCUUUCAUCUGUGACUUCCUCUCAGCCCGUGCCUUAUGUCUAUGCUCCGAGUGGCACUACUCAGGCACGCGGUCGCCGGAGGAACCGUUUCAGACGCACUUUUCGCCAGUCAUAUCGGCUACCGAUCUCGCUGGGUUUGAAGGUGGGAUGCAUCAACACUCAAGGUCUACGAUGGGAUCUCACUUCACAUGCAGAGAAGCUUAAGGCUCUUCUUUUACUUGCACGCAAGUUUUUAAUGCUCACGGAGUUGCACUACGACGAAACUGUGCAGUUACGCUUUCAGGUGGUUUACAUGGAGGAAUGGUUGCUGAUUUGCAGAGGACAGGUGGGGCUUUUGCUGAGGAAUUCGGUGGCUCAGCUUUGGGAGCAGCAAGGGCGACCCUCCUUCGCUUUAGAUGCUUCAGACAGGCUAGCUGGGAUUGCAGUUUGCAUUCAUGGUCGCAAGUUGGCUCUUGUUAGCGUGUACUCUCCUGCAGGGGCGGACGUGGGUUCAAAACGACGACAUUACACACAUGCGCAGCAGCUUUGCAACAUGCUGAAAGAUGAGACUCUUGAGAUAUGUAUCGGUGGAGACUUCAAUGGUCAUAUUGGUGUCAACGAUGGCUUUGGGCAACAAGUGGGACGUGCCGUGGCAGAGCAGACAGAGACGAGAGUACGUUGCAAUGCAUCGGCGCUGCGGGGUAACUCUGCGGAAACACGUCAUCGUAUCAAGCAGUACCAGAAGCUUGUGGAGUCUCGCAUGGACGAGUUGCAGGUUUCGCCGGUGCCUGCGGCACCGGCUUGUGUUGAAGGUUGGGAGGAGCAAGAUGCUUCUGCUCUUCAUAUAUACACAGACGGAGGUGCAGAUCCUCCUAUGUUUCGGGACAACAAGGUGCAGGUUCCCUCUACAGCUGGAUGGGGUCUCGCGGCCUGGCUUGCAGGUGACGCGCAGGACUACUUUGGCCCCGUGGUAUGCAACGAGCGUGCAGAUGAUUGUGCGACAAUGGGGAAGAAUGGCCAGUGGCAAGACUUGCCAAGUCUUCCAGAGGAGGCAGAAAGUCUCGCUGCGUGGAAGUUAGCGCGACAUCGCAGAAAGGAAGUCGGAAGAGGAGUGAACUACUCCGGUGCAGCGCCUUUUUCACUUGAUACGUUGCGCACUCACAACUUGACGGUCUCUUCACAGGCUCUCAAAGUGGAGGAUGGUUUCAUUCGUCAACAAGUCAAGCAGAGACCCAUUCGGCAUGAAUUGGGGCUCACUCCUUCUCGUGCAGAGUUCAACCAAGCUCUAGUGGCUGUUCGAGAAUCCUCACCUGGGAAGGACGGAGUUACCAUCAACAUGUUGCGCUUAGCAGGGGAUAGAGUGCAAGAGCAGCUUUAUCGUAUUGUCUGCAUGAUGUUCCAUCGACCUGCUCAUGAGUGGGACAAGCAACUUCGCGAUGGCCUGGGCAUCUCUUUGUACAAAGGGGAGGGGUCACGGGAGGACCUUGAUUGUUACAGGACCAUUAUUUUGCUGCCUAUUUUGUCUAGAGUAUUGGGACGUAUUCUCUCAGUUCGCAUCAUGUCGUUCGCUGAGGAGGAGCAACUGCUUUCUGGUUGUCAAUGGGGCAAUCGGAAGCAUCGUUCAGUGCAGGACGCUUUGUUUGUGGUUCGUAUGGUAACGGAAAUGGCGGCUGAAGUUUCACACGUUCCAGGCGCUUGCUUAGCUGUCGAGUCUGCUUUAGUGUUGGUUUUCUUCGAUAUUCGCAAACAUUUUCCUAGUGUUGAUCGUACAGCGGCUUUUGAGCUCUUCGCCCGGCUCGGCUUCCCACAGCCGUUGAUACAGGCGCUGGACGCGCUUCAUUCUGGAACUUCGUACCAGGCUUGCACUUCGGAAGGGCUUUCCCAGCCAUAUAAGCUUACAGCUGGCUUUAGAGAGGGGUGCAGCACGUCUCCAGGCUUGUACACGAUUUUCCAUGAUUUCGUCAUGCAGGAUUUUGCCAAAAGACUGGAUGCGCUCAGGAAAGAGUGCCCAGGGCAUUUUGUGGAACUGCACUCGCUCUGGGGCAGGCGCUUUAACCGGCGCGUCAACCGGAGCAAUCGGCCUCGCUCAAGAAUGCUUCAGAAUUCCACCGAGCAACUUCAGGUUUGGAAACUCUUGUCCAUCAUGUUUGCUGACGAUACCUCUCUUCUGUUACGUGAAAGUGGCAGAGAGGAAGCAGAACGGCUUUUGGCAUCUACGUUGCGCGACUGGGGUGAGGUCAUCAAACCAAGCAAGACGAAGCGGGUACUCAUCCAUCCCUCUGGCGCAGAUGAACGAAAAGGUUUUCACCGUAAUGCGCGGUUGCUGGGAGGAAUUCUCUCCUACGAUGGGCUAUAUGCCCAGGACGAUGCUCACAGACUUCAAUGUGCCAAGCGCAUAUGGCGCAACCUUUACCAGCAAAUGCCUAGAUACGGCCUAUCGCCGCGAAUGCAAGGCCGCCGGGUGGAGGCUGCAGUCAUACGGGCGCUGGUGUUCGGCACCGAAUCCAGGGUGGUUUCGAGUGCCACUCUUCACCAGUGGCAGACUUUCCUUCACACGAUUGCACGGGGUCUAUGCGGUCAGCGCUUGAGUGAGAUGCAGAAUGCCAACCUGACUCAACAGGACCUUUUACGCAAGUUGGGACUCAGAAACAUUCAUACGUAUGUUGCGCUGGGGCAGCUGAGAUUUCUAGGACAUUUAGCUCGUUUGCCAAACGAUCGUAUGGAACGUCACCUUCUAUUCGCUUGGUCACCCAGGGAAUCUUUACAUCCUUCGUGCAAACGUACACCCAACACCAGACAAGCUUUGUGGUCCAGACUGGACGACUUGCGCAAGUUCUUACAGCUUCCAGUCGAGGGGUGGCACCAGCAGUGGUUGCAGAUGGCACAAGCAGAGGAUGGCACGCGGAUGCAGCGCGACAAGCGCGCCAAGAUGCUGCGGCAGCAAGAGCGUAUGAGGAGCGUGCUGUGCGUCCAGCGGCUACAUCUUCGCGACGCCCUCAUGUGGAUCAAACUGCUUUGGCUGGUGCACGUCGCAGGCUACGUUUUAAGCAGCCACGCCCGGAUUGCUUUCUCAAAGGCUCAGCAGCUUCGUGCAGGCGAUGGGGACCGCGCUGCGAAAAGGGCUCGCAGCGUGGAGACUCGAAAUGCGUCGGCAACAUCUUCUCAGGGUGCAGGCAACACAGAGAUCUUGGCACGUGCUCUUCGGUUGACUUUGUCCACAGCAGAAAAGUGUGAAGCAGUUAGCGCCGCGGCCAACCUCGUGGUUCCCUUGCGUUCGGAUGAGGACCAGAAGCCCGUGUUGGAAGCUUCUCGGCUUUGGGUCAACUCGUUGCCGCCAAAGAAGGAGGGCAUGGCGGAGCGUGUUCCUCACGAGCUGGGCGAGAAGCGCACCUUUAUGUUCUUGACGAUCAUGGACCUUGUUCGCCAGGAUUCGGCUCUUCAAGAUGAAGUCACACAAGAAGCCUCGGUGAGCGUACUUGCAGGCGCUCCUUUCCGUGAAGCCUUGGACGCCUUGUCGGCCUCAGUGGACAGCAAGCGGUUCCUCAUAGCUCCUCACAGGUGGGGACAAACGCAACUGCACAAGCAGGCCUGGGAGGCCUUCGGCGCGGCAACCCGCCGGCUCACAGUGGAGUCGGGGGAACGUGUCGCCCCGGACACCGUGGGGCAUGAGCGGCCAAUCAGAGACAAAGCCAACGUAUCGGCUGAUUGGAUUCUUCCGGAGGGGGACCUCACAGCCGCACUCAGGCUGAGAGCAGAUGUUUACAACAGUGCCACCGUAUUUCACCGGCAGUUGUGUGACAUCAAGCCGUCCUGCCUUCAGAUCUGGGGCGGAGAUUGGAACGGCCACGUGGGCCGCGAUCACCCCGAUCAGAACUAUGCGCUCCAAACCCCCACCACACCGUCCGGUGUGGAACAGCGACAGUGGUUGGGACAAACACAGCUUCAAGUCGUGGACACGCGCUGGUCAUCGUGGUACGUGGUGCCACCCACAGAGCUACAAGUGGUACGAAUUGGAUUACUUUUGCGCUUCACCUCCUUUGGCAUCACAAGUGCAGACGGUACGGAGGCGCAGACACAGAACAAGGGCCCCACAGCACCAUUGAACUAUCACGCUUUUCGUGGACCCAGUGAAGGAGCGAAAGCCAACCGAGGGGCCAUCCAACGUCUCAUUCACGACACCUUGGCAGCAAAACUACCCGACCUACACCCGGCUACGUCUUCCAGCUCGUCGACGCCGGCUUCAACCACGUCCACACCAUGGGAAAUUUACACAGAUGGUUCAUGUGAAGUCGCAGUGGCUCGCCAGGGUCGUCGUAAACCGGCCGGUUGGGGCAUCGCUCUUCAGAACAACAAAGGCGCUUGGCAAAUCUUUCACGGGCCUGUCGUCUUCGACCGUGGUAAAGAGGACUUCCUGGGGGCUACACUAGCUUCUAACAAUACCGCCGAGCUCUGUGCUAUAGCCCAUGCAAUGCGUUUCCUCCUCUAUGGCACCCCCGACUCGAACGCGGCAACCAUCUUCUUCGACUCUACUUAUGCGUACAAAAUGGCGACGGGACAAUGGACACCACGAUCCAACAUCGCCCUGGUUCAUAAAGUACAAGAACUGGUACAGCAAGUAUCAGCUAUGCGCCCACUUCACUGGCAGCACGUGUACGGUCACACGGGCAUUGAGGGCAAUGAAAAAGCUGCCGCCGAUAAAGGUCGCCCUAACAGCAUAUCCUCCUUUUACACCGAAGCGGACAUGGACAUCCAGCCGCUGAUGCAAAAGCAAGUAGAGAGGCUCACCCUCCAGGAGGCGUUUGACCACUUCAAGCAGACCAUGAAUAGUCCACUCCCUGUGUCUCCUGACACUCUAGAUGCCAAUAUGGGACCAUCUGUCCCGGAAGCUUCAUGGUUAGCCGAGGUCCCCGAGCGAUCCGAUGUGGAAGAAGCAAUGGCGGCUACGCGCGAGUCGGCGCCAGGUCACGACGAAGUGACUGUCAUGAUGCUACGUAUGUCGGGAGAGCUGGGUCUACAAGUCAUUUCCGGCAUCGUGCAACGCCUAUGGGCCCAUCCAGAUACAGACUGGGAGGAGAGAGAUCUGACUUGA